AUGCAGAAACCUUUCAAGGGCCUCACGUUCUGUCCCACGGCUUUACCGGAGGAAGUUUCGCGCAAUGUAUCGCGUAAAAUCACCAAGCUUGGCGGUGGAUACUCCAGGGACCUCACUAAAGCUGUGAAUGUACUGGUUGUCGGGAGUGUGGCAACCAACAAAUACCGUUUUGCUGUUCAACAUCGCUCUGAUAUAGUGUUCCUCGAUGCAGGCGUCGUCGACACCAUCUAUGACCUGUGGCUCACGGGAGAUGACAUCACCAUGGAUUCGCAUUCAAACUACUCCCACAUCCAGAGCGGCAAAGACCGUAUGCUUCAAGUCCUCCAGACGAGGUACCAGUUAGGACCGCUGAAGGAUUUCGUGGUUUUUGUAGGCCGAGUUAACGACACGCGCGGAAACCAGCUCAGCAUCGACGCUCUAGACAUUUUGUGCACACAACAGGGCGUUCACUCCUGUAAUACCCGUCAUUUCGUCAAAGAGACCCACUGGAGCCGACCUACCGUUUUCGUGACAGACCACCCCCACGGUGCCCGUGUCGACGCUGCCCGAUUGCAAGGUUUGCCGGUAGUCCACCCAAAAUGGAUUCUGGAUUGUCAUAGGAGAAAUGCGCUGCUGGACUUUGCAUUCUACCUACUAGAGAAAAAUGUUUCCACCGAUUAUGAGGCUAUAGGAGACGGUGCGUGCCUGUGUUGGCACGAGGUGCUUCUGCGCAACAAUUCUGCCCAGGGUCCGCCCGUGGACGAAACCUUGGAACCACGCCAAAGCCAACGAGUGGUUCUGGACAAAUUUGCAUCUCAUGGCAAUCGUCUUUGGAACAGUGUCAUGCACAAGGCUAACAAAACUAGUCCAGCUCAGGAGGUCCAGCUUGCGACUACGGCUGUAUCCAAACAAGAAGAAGUACCGAAAAUGCUGAAAAAUGAGCACUUUUUCUUAUUCCAGUUGGCGUCCAAGCAAAGAGCGAUUUUGGAAAAAAUAAUAGUCCAAAACGGCGGACUGUGCCAUGACUUCCAUCCAGAAAUCGCGGUACCUGAGCGCUCGUUUUUGGUUGUUCCCAGCAAUAUGUUCAUACCACAGUUAGAAUCGCUAUGUCAGCCGUUUGCGCAUACAGUUACCGAGUUUUUCUUCGAGCGGUGCCUGCAUUAUAAAAAACUAUUGAACCCAGACGCAUGGUGCUCGCCUUUCUUCUCAGGAUUUAGAAUUAAAGCAUCCCAGGGAUUGCAUUCCCAUGGCAGUGAACCGCGAACUGUGAAUGUGGCCAUAACAGGGUUCCAAGGUGUCGAGUUGCUGCACAUAACAAAAAUGAUGGAGUCCUUAGCACCAUCGGGGCUCAAGCUCAGAGAGACUUUGAACAAAGAAACAGGCAUUUUAAUCAUUAAUUUGGGAGCUCUCAACAGCAUUCCAGCAACUCAUCCUCUAUGGGAGAAUCAGUUUGCUUCCAUGUUCAAAGAAAAUCGCAAUGUUGAGCAGAGUCAAAUACAUCGCAAUUCCAUGAAGCGUAAAAUCGAGUUUAUCAAACAGAGGCACAGCAUACCUGUUGUUACGGCUGCCUUCAUAGUCGAAAUUUUCCGUCGUGCGUCCAAAUCUCGCGAGCUUGAUAACGGCGUUGUUAGAAUUCACCUGAACGAUGUGAACUGGUGCAUUUCGUGUCCAAAAGGUGGAAGAGAUCAUCUUUAUCUCGAGAUUCAAAACGAGGCACCCGAGUUACCUCCGAAAGAUAUCCCAGCGCUGUUGCGAAACAAUGUUUUAGACAAACUCAACUCGACAAGCCAUUCUCCUGCAAGAAGGAAUCGGAAAGAAAUAAUCGCAAGGUUCAAAAGCGUCACUGCUGCCCCCUCAACACCGCAAAUCUUUACCAAGCGGUCCUACACGGACCCAAAGGGUCUAUCAACUGCCCUGAACGAAAUGAGUCUACCGAAAAUACCCAAAUUAAAUCCCACUGAGCCGCUUCAAACCAUCCAACGGUCUUCCAGUUGGGGCCGAAUGUUGUCGGAUCAAGCCCAAAAAGCGGAUGACUAUCAUGAAACUAAUUCAUCAGUCUCUGAGACGGAAGAGGAAGCGACUGCUCACACUCAAGUAACGUAUGGUUCGCCUCAACAGAAAACUAAUUCUCACAUUGUUUCCAGAAGGCUUACUCGUCAACACAUGCGGGAAAUCGAUGCUUAA